AUGCGCUGCUCCACCCUCCUGUGUAUCCUGGCAGGGGUGCUGCUGUACCUAGUGCUGGGGGCCGUGGUGUUCCAGGCUCUGGAGGCUCCUCGCGAGCAGGACCAGCACACGCAGCUGCAGGACACACGCAGAUCGUUCCUGGAGAACUACACCUGCGUCAGCCCAGACAUCCUGCAGGCUCUCAUAGAGGAAGUGGCAGAUGCCGUGGGAGCGGGGGUGGAUCCUAGCAGCAACUCCUCUACUUUCACCAGCCAAUGGGACUUGGCUAGUGCCUUCUUCUUCUCUGGGACCAUCAUCACCACCAUCGGUUUUGGGAACAUCUCCCCGAAGACGGAAUGGGGGCAGCUGUUCUGUAUCUUCUAUGCCCUGGUGGGGAUCCCUCUGUUUGGUAUCCUGCUGGCUGGAGUUGGAGACCAUCUGGGGACUGGGCUGAGGAAGGCCAUCCUCAAAAUAGAGUUCAUCUUAGCGAAAUGGAAGGUGAGUCCUACUAUUGUUCGUGUCAUCUCAGCUGUCCUCUCCAUCCUGUUGGGCGUAGCCAUUUUUGUUGCUGUGCCAACGCUGGUGUUUCAGGAGGUGGAGAAAUGGACUCUCCUGGAGGCUUCCUACUUUGUUGUCAUCACCCUGACUACAGUGGGCUUUGGAGACUAUGUUGCAGGUGAUAGCGGAGAUGGUGGUAAAGACCACUGGUACAAGCCUCUGGUGUGGUUCUGGAUCCUGCUGGGUCUGGCCUACUUUGCCUCUAUCCUGUCCAUGAUUGCAAACUGGCUUCGGGUCCUGUCCAAGAAGACCAGGGCUGAGGUGGGGGGCCGGAAUGGGAGAAUGGAGGAGCUCAGAGCCCGUACCACUGACUGGGGUCAGAAUAUCCAGAACAUGUCCGUGGACUUCCGCAUGCCAGACGACCCCUUCAAACGACGCAGGCGAAAGCAUCGCCAUGGUCCUCGCAGCCGGGGCCAUGGGGCGGGUCAUGUGUCUGGGACCAGGGCCCCUGGGGAGGGGGACAGGGUGACUGGUAAUGGCCAGCUGAACAGCCAAUCAGAAACGGGAUCGUCCUCAUACUCUUACUCCUCCAACGAUUCCGAGUCGGGGUCAGGGUCUGAGACAGGGUCAGAGGCCACGCAGUCUGAGCGGGUAGUAGAGGCGAAAGAGAAGGAUGUCGAUAAGGAGAACGCCUUCCCAGAAGCCCUGUAUUCCCAGCCUCUGGACUACUUUGGAGAGAACCUGGCAUACAUUGAUGAGUCCUCAGACGCAGUGAGUGGGAAAUUACAUUUGGAUCCCCUAUUGGAUCCAGCACAGCCCGUCUCUGCACGCUCACGGAAGCCCAAGAGGAGACGGCCCAGAAGACCACCCCCAGAGAAGAUCCCCAAAAUCAGCCCUACCAAACCUGAGAAGAAAGAGCCAAAUGGAGACAUACCCCCUGAAAAUCCCCCGCCCCCUCCACCAAAGGAUGGAUGA